AUGACCAGUGGUCAGAAGAUUUGCUAUCCUGGUUGGUAUGGUGUGAACUGUACCACACAUUGCAACCCAACCAAUACCUCCACAUACCUCUGUAAUACCACAACUGGUGAAAAAAUAUGCAACCCACGAUGGUACGGAAGCAACUGUACAAUAUUUUGCAAUCCAAAGAAUGAUUCAUCAGGACAUUACACAUGUGAUACAGAUUCUGGUUUGAUAGUUUGUCUUUCAGAUUGGUAUGGGAAAAACUGUUUGAAUUAUUGCAAAGAACAAAACGAUACAAGCGGUCAUUAUUUUUGUAAUGGGACAAACGGUUCGAAGAUUUGUUACCAGGACUGGUUUGGAAAUAACUGUACGACGUUUUGUAGGGAACAAAAUGGUUCUUCAGGACAUUAUUUCUGUAACCAAAGUACAGGUUUCAAGAUUUGUUAUCGUCAUUGGUACGGACGCCAUUGCCAAAUAUAUUGCAAACAACAAAAUGACCCAAGAGGCCAUUUUAUAUGUAACAAAACAACUGGUUCCAAGAUAUGCCAUGCAAACUGGUACGGGGAAAAUUGUGAAAUUUACUGCAAGAGAAAGAACGAUUCAAGUGGACACUACACGUGCGAUAAGACCACAGGACUUAAGAUAUGCCUUCAAAGUUGGUUUGGAACUAACUGCACAAGAUAUUGCAAGAAACAGAAUGAUGUAACUGGACAUUAUCACUGCAACCAAACAACAGGUUCUAAGAUUUGCUAUCCAGAAUGGUUUGGAAUAAACUGCACGACACAUUGUAAAGAGAAAAACGAUUCUACCGGACGUUAUUCUUGUGAUAAGGCUGAUGGUUCUAAGAUUUGUCAUUCUAAUUGGUUUGGAACUAACUGUAAAAGAUAUUGCAAGAAACAGAAUGAUGUAACUGGACAUUAUCACUGUAACCAAACAACAGGUUCUAAGAUUUGCUAUCCAGAAUGGUUUGGAACAAACUGCACGACACAUUGUAAAGAGAAAAACGAUUCUACCGGACGUUAUUCUUGUGAUAAGGCUGAUGGUUCUAAGAUUUGUCAUUCUAAUUGGUUUGGAAGUAACUGUAAAAGAUAUUGCAAGAAACAGAAUGAUGUAACUGGACAUUAUCACUGUAACCAAACAACAGGUUCUAAGAUUUGCUAUCCAGAAUGGUUUGGAACAAACUGCACGAUACAUUGUAAAGAGAAAAACGAUUCCACCGGACAUUAUUCUUGUGAUAAGGCUGAUGGUUCUAAGAUUUGUCAUCUCAAUUGGUAUGGCACUAACUGUAGAAGAUAUUGCAAGAAACAGAAUGAUGUAACUGGACAUUAUCACUGUAACCAAACAACAGGUUCUAAGAUUUGCUAUCCAGAAUGGUUUGGAACAAACUGCACGACACAUUGUAAAGAGAAAAACGAUUCUACCGGACAUUAUUCUUGUGAUAAGGCUGAUGGUUCUAAGAUUUGUCAUCUCAAUUGGUCUGGAACUAACUGUACAAGUUAUUGCAAACCAAGUAAUGAUUCAAAUGGGAGUUACAACUGUAACAAAACAACUGGAUUUAAGAUUUGCCAUUCACAUUGGUUUGGAGAUAACUGUACAAAAUACUGCAAAGAAAACAACGAUUCUAGUGGACAUUAUUCCUGUAAUGAAGAUUCUGGAGUGAAAAUUUGUCAUCCACAUUGGUUUGGAGACAAUUGUAAAACAUACUGCAAAGCAGAAAACGCUACUGGCGAGCAUUUUUACUGUAAUAAGACUGGUUCAAAGAUAUGUUAUACAAACUGGUACGGACGAUUGUGCAAUGUAUUUUGUGAAGAACGGAAUAACUCGGCUGGUUAUUACUUCUGCAAUAAAACGAACGGGGAAAGAAUAUGUUACCGAAAUUGGUUUGGAGAAAAUUGUACGGAAUAUUGUAAGGAGCAAAAUGAUUCGGACGCACAUUAUUCCUGCAAUGAGCUCACAGGUUCAAAGAUUUGCCAUAAAGAUUGGUUUGGAAUGAAUUGCACACGGUUUUGCAAAGAAAGGAAUGAUUCUUUCGGGCAUUUCUAUUGCAACAAGACAAGCGGGUUGAAAAUCUGCUAUUCGAACUGGUUUGGUUCAAACUGUUCUAUAUUUUGUGAUGAUAAAAGCGAUUCGUCAGAACAUUACUUCUGUAAUAAAACAACCGGGUUGAAAUAUUGUCAUCCAAAUUGGUUCGGAAUCAACUGUGAAUCUUAUUGUAAAGAAAGAAAUGAUUCAUCUGGACAUUAUUCGUGUAACAGGACAAGUGGAUUAAAAAUUUGUCAUCCAAACUGGUUUGGAAUCGACUGUUUGACGUUUUGUGAAGAAACAGAGGAUUCACCUGGUCAUUACUCGUGCAACAAAAGCACGGGCUUGAAGAUUUGUAAACCAUACUGGUUUGGAGCGGACUGUCAGAGAUAUUGCAAAGAAAGGAAUGACUCUGCUGGGCAUUAUUCCUGCAACAUGACAACAGGUUCCAGGGUUUGUCAUCCGCAAUGGUUUGGAGUGAAUUGCACAGCGUAUUGUAAGCCACAAAAUGCUUCAACAGGCCGUUAUUUUUGUAAUAACGAAACAGGAAAUAAAAUCUGUCAUCGAAAUUGGUUUGGAACAAACUGUUCAACUUAUUGUGAAGAGCAGAAAAAUUCUAAUGGACACUUUUAUUGUAAUAGGACAAACGGUUUGAAAAUGUGUCAUCCAAACUGGUUUGGAGCAAACUGUACAGCAUAUUGUAAAGCAAGGAAUGAUUCAACUGGACGUUACUACUGCGAAAAACAGACUGGUGGUACGAUUUGCCAUCAACAUUGGUACGGCAUGAACUGCACAACGUACUGCAAACCAGAGAAUGAUUUGAAAAGCCAUUUCUCCUGUGACAAGGAAACAGGAAUAAAGAUCUGUCUACCAAACUGGUUUGGAACCGACUGUUCAAAAUUCUGCAAAGCACAAAAUGCUUCGACUGGCCACUAUCGCUGUAAUAUAACAAACGGUUUCAAAAUCUGUCAUCGCUAUUGGCUUGGCCCUGAUUGCUCAGUCUAUUGUAAGGAGUCAAAUGAUUCUGAAUCUGGGUAUUAUUCGUGCGAAAAGAAGACAGGCUCGAAAUUGUGCUACCCAGGAUGGUUUGGGACUAACUGCACAACGUAUUGUAAACCAAUGAAUGACUCUAAUGGCCAUUACCAUUGCAAAAAUACAAGCGGAUCGAAGAUCUGCCAUACACAUUGGUUUGGGGCUAACUGCACGAAAUAUUGUCAUGAGCAGAAUGACGGAACUGGCCAUUAUUCCUGUGAUAAGGCAACUGGUUCAAAGAUUUGCAACCGUAACUGGUUUGGUAGGAAUUGCACUGUUCAUUGCAAACCAAGGAGCGAUUCAACAGGACACUACUUUUGUAUAGAGAAAACUGGUUCGAAAGCAUGUUAUCCAAACUGGUUUGGCGCCAACUGCACAAAAUAUUGCAAGCAACAAAAUGGCAGCAAUGGACAUUAUUAUUGUAAUGUUACUACAGGUUUGAAAAUGUGUCAUCCAAACUGGUAUGGAACUAAUUGUUCCAAAUAUUGCAAGAAUAGCAACGACUCUAACGGACAUUACUCUUGUAAUGAGACAACAGGCUUUAAAAUCUGUCAUCCAGAGUGGUUUGGAGAUGACUGUACGAUACAUUGCAGAGAACAAAACGAAACACCUGGACAGUAUAAAUGUAAUAAAACAACUGGAGUGAGGAUCUGCAAUUCUGACUGGUACGGAGCUGAUUGUAUAACAUAUUGUAAAGAUGCUGAAAAUUACUUUUGCGAUAAGACGACAGGUUUAAAGAUAUGCAAAUCCAAUUGGUAUGGAGUGGAUUGUUCUCGUUUUUGCCAAGAAAGUCAGGAAGAAUUUGGUGGUAAUUAUUUAUGUAACAAGACAACUGGGCUGAAGUACUGCAAGCCUUAUUGGUAUGGGGUUAACUGCACAAAUUAUUGCAAAAAAAGCGAUGAUAUUAAUGGUCAUUAUUCCUGUAACAAGACAAGUGGUUGGAAGAUCUGCCUACCUAACUGGUAUGGUACUGACUGCACAAUUCACUGCAAAGCAGGCAUCGAAGGACAUUUUCUGUGCAAUGAAUCAAAUGGGGAAAAAGUUUGUUUGGAGGACUGGUACGGACAGGAAUGCAACAUAUACUGUAGGAGUGAAAAUGUGAGCAAUGGACGUUAUUUCUGUGACAAGACAAACGGUGAAAAGAUUUGCUAUCCAAAUUGGUAUGGAAGCAAUUGUGAUGUUUACUGCGAUGAUGAAUCAACCGAAAGAUACAAAUGUGAUGGAAAAUCUGGUCUGAAGCUUUGCCAUCCAAACUGGUUUCGCCUGAACUGUUCUGUAUAUUGCAAGAAAGAAGAGGAAUCACAUUUCACGUGCAACCCUGAAACAGGUUCACGGAUUUGUCACGUGGAAUGGUUUGGUGAAGAUUGCACGCAGCACUGCAAACCUGAUGAAAACCACCUCUGUAAUAACAUCACCGGAUUGAAAAUUUGUCGCAGUGAGCGGUCUGGCACUGAUUGCUCGGAAAAAACUGCAAAGAGUUAUGGCAGGAAAGGUCAACCAGAAUAUUUGAGGGUUGCUCUACCAGCAAGUGCAGGAAUAUUGGUGAUAAUUGUUAUGCUAAUUAUUUUUGCAUUAGUAAGGAAAAGAAGAGCUCAACAAGUGUUCGGCGUUGUAAAACCGCAGGAAAAUAAGCUCUACAUGGAAUCGGCGAUUUAAAAUCUUCGACGAUGCCAAGAGCAAAGAGUAUGAUUUAUGUUUGUAUUUCAUUCAAUUCUAUCUUAUUAUAGCAUUAUGAUAUUAUAAAUUGACUGUAAAUUAUUGAAGUCAUCCUAUUUAAUACCACUGAUAAAAAGACUAAAGCCUGGUUUUGACAUCACCUACAAUAACCUCGUUCCCAGGAUAAAAAACCCGGCUUGCGAGGUUGCGCCUGCAGUACUCGACAAAUGGCAGAUGUGAAAUAGGCCAGGUUUACCUUCGCGCAGUAUAUGCAAAUCAUUCUUCACUAUACAUAUAGUGACACUCUUUAAUCAGCCACUUGUCGAUGUGGCGGGAAGCAACAAUAGUGAUGGAAACCAGGUUUAAAUUGUGGGCCAACAUAAUUGAAGGACAAUUUUCGAAUUUUGACGAAGCCAACUGUUUGACGUUGGAGUAUAAAUGUAAAUAAAUAAAUAGUUAUAUAAUUUCAUCGCAGUAUAGACGGUAAA